GAGUUACCGUCUCAAAUGCUGACAUAACAGAGGAAUCUUAACGUCCCAAUCUGCUGUGCACCUUGCACCUCCACACAACGUCGGGCAGCCAGGAGGACGUCCAGAAACAAGGACAGACAGCAGCCAUGAGGUACACCACAGGCUGAAUACUUUCUGAAGGCACUGGAUUUCAUUUGGAGAUGAGUAACCUGGAUGUUUGGACCAAGGACACAUAGCCACAGGGAGAAGGUCAUUCCUGGAAUCAUUACUGCGGAGAAAACAAACUUGAGGGAUUUUUAUUUUUUCUGUCAUUCUAGGUCUUGAGGAUGCAAUGGAAUUUCCAAGAUUCACCUUCAAUCCGAAAGAGGGGAUCGACAAUCCAGCCUUGGUCAUCUCAGACGACCCUGAGCCAGACCCCAGUCCGGUACCCCGCCUGUGCCAGAUAAAGUGCAAAGAGGGCCAGAGUUUUGGCUUCCAUCUGCGUAUGGAGAGGAGCUGCCAGGGCUAUGUUGUCCGCCAGGUGGAUCCGUGGAGUCCUGCAGCGCUCAGUGGGCUCAUGGACGGGGACCGUGUGCUGGAGGUCAACGAGGACUUUGUCGACAACAUGGAGUUCCCCAGGGUGGUGCAGAAGAUCCAGGCGUGUGGGCUGCAGCUGUUCCUGCUGGUUCUGAAGGGGGAGGAGUAUAAGGAGGCGCUGGCCCAGGGACUAGACCUCCAGGCUCUGACCAGGACUUACAGAGGGGAGACGUGUUUCCGGCCCAGGCUGUGUCACAUCACCAGAGACCCUGUCUUAGGUCUGGGAAUCAGCAUCAUCCCCAUUGAAGGUCAGAAGGGUCAAUACAUGUUGAGCACAGUAAGUGAGGGUCCUGCAAAGAGGGCAGGGGUGCGUAGCGGAGAUAGACUGGUGUGGAUCAACGGUGCCAUGGUAUCAACGCUCACCCAUUCAGCUAUCAGUAAAAUGGUGAAGAAAUGUAGCGUCCAUGUGACCAUCCUAGUCAUCGACAGAGAAAGUGAAGCGAGCUACAUCCGACGGAAACUGCCCAUCUUGCCUAUCAUGGCCGGCUCUCACAACCUGCCACACAGACCCACAACGAUGCAUCUGGUCCAGGGGUCAGAUGGAUACGGCUUCUUAUUACGACAAGAGAGGUUGACUUCAGGGAGGCGUAUUGCUAACUUACUCCGUGAGGUGGAUGUGGGGAGUCCAGCAGAAGAGGCUGGUAUGCAGGAUGGAGACUUGCUGCUGGCGGUCAAUGGGCAGCCUACAGAGUCUAUGGAGCAUGAGGAUAUUGUCAGGACAGUGAGGAAGAGUGGCAACCAGGUUAGCCUCACCACCAUGCCCAUACAUGGAAGAGACUUCUACACACAGUUGGGUCUAUCUCCCCUGCUAUUCCAUGAGGACAGUCUGCCAGAAGGAGAGAGGAUGAGGAAGACACAGUCCCCUUGCGCUGAGAUUCAGGAUGGGCUGAGUAAAAACGAGCAUGGCUCACUUCCUUGUCCAAGACUCUGUGUCCUCGAGAGAGAAGAACCAGGCUUCGGGUUUAAUCUGGGCUGUGUUCAACAUGAGCCAGGGACUUUCAUAGGCCAGGUGGUGGUAAAGGGCUCAGGACAUAGGGCCGGACUGUGGGAAGGGGAUGUGGUUGUGGAGGUGAAUGGCCAGAAUGUCGAGAAUGAGUACUUCGAGGACGUUGUGAUGCUGAUAAAGAAGAGCGAGUCGUCUUUGAAAUUACUGGUUGUGGAGAGGUCAGGGUAUGAGAGACUCAAACAUAGUGGGCUUCCAAUCACUCCUGGGGUCAUACUCCACAGCACUCAGGUUUCAGAGAAAACAAAUGAGGCUUUCUUGUGAUGGAAUGCCGAGAAGUGAUCCAAGUCGUUAUGAAGACAACAUUAGGCAUCUCACCUAACAGAGGAUCUGGCACUGGCACAGCAUCAACAACAAACAGCUGCAGUCAUUGGGGGCACUGCCAUGGGGAGUCUGCUUCCAUCUGAAACGGAGGAUGUAAUCCCUUCGCUCCACAUCUCCCAAUCUCACAUGUCCUCUUUGUCAGGACUGUGCCGAUAGAGCUAUGCUAUGACCUGCUUCUUGCAAAGGAGGAUUUGCAGAGUAGAUUGCACACCGUUUCAAUUAGUAAUAUCUCAUGUGUAUAUGAUGGGAUAAUGAAGUUUAGGUUUAUUCUAAGGUGACAUCAGGAUAAACAAAAUAAAAUGGGAAAAACAUCA